UGGACUGUGUGUGUGUGUGUGUGGUAGCGAUGGCGACACCCAGGCCUAGUCGUUCCGCCCCGGAGAUCGAAGACAAAAUGCUGCAGAGGGUUCUGCACGUCAGACUGACACCUCUCCCAGAUGGGGACUCAGAUCCAACGGUUUUCCUGGAAUCCCUGGCAGAGGAGAUUCUGAGAGAGGGAGGAACUGAUUUGCUUCUGAAGCGAUCAAUCAUCGAACGCGUACUGAUGGAUCGUCUGACUAAUCAGGCUUCUUGUCAUGCGGUAGAACACCCUGUUGAUUACCUCAUCAACUGCUACAGAAGGAUCCUGGAAGAGUCGAGGAAAGUUCAGGGCAUGAAGAACAAGACCCUUAGCGUCGAGCUUCAGGAAGCCCUCUCCUCUGUCAAGGAGCUCGUCGUGUCCUAUACCGGUCUCUUGCAGAUCCAUCCGGACAUGUUUCCUCAACCAGGCGGUCAUCAGCCUAUACCAUCUUUCAGGAGACUUGUUGCGUUCAUAACGGGAGGAGGGAGCGGGGGGUAUGGUGGUGAUUUGACGGACAUCGCCUUCUCGGGGUCGUCAACAUCUGAAGGAUCUGGGAGCAGUGGACUGUCUCUCCCACCCGGAUUUCUGGACCAGCUGGUUCAGAGGUUCGAUGGUGAGGGACUAGAAGAUAUAUUUCGCCCAGUUUUUGCCGAGAUCUUGGCACCCUAUCAUAGAAUAUCCCCUUUGGGUCCGUUCCACAGACCUUUGCAGGUGAUGGUCAUGUUGGUGUCCUACCCUCCUCUCGCGAAAGUCCUUGCUAAUCAUCCGCAAUGGCUGCCGACGUCGGACAAAGGUCGGGCAGUGGAUAGUACAAUCUUGGGGAGAUUCCUGCGUAUCACCCCGAUCCCCGAUCCCAGCGAUCUCUUCUUGAGCCCCGUACCUAGUGUUCGUGAGUGUUUUUCGAAACCAUCGCAAGCAAGGCCAGGGGAUAUCAAUGCCACCUUCCAGACGAUUCGAACAGUGAUGCAUCAGCUGUAUGAGGGACUGCUGGAAAUUUUGAAGAUCUUGCUGAAGGGCAGCGAGACACGGGAAAACGUUCUGCAGUUCUUAGGGACUGCAGUUGAGAAGAACAAAGAUCGAGGAAAAAUGCAGAUGAACCCAAAUUCAGUUGCUACUCAUGGAACUUUCAUGAGCUUGAGUUGGAUCAUGUUGAAGUUAUGCGAACCAUUCCUGGAUCCGCUUUCAUCAAAGAAGGACAGAAUAGAUUACUCUUACGUGACGCAAAAUAAUCGGGUGAAUUUCAGUGACUUAACAGCUAUUUUUGCCACAUCCGAUGAAGUGGCCUCAUGGGUUGACAAACGGAACUACGCUCGCACAGCAGGCUUCCGGCAGCUGCAGCAGCAAAGAGAGCAAGAGGAGCUGAAGCGCAUGGGGAUUACUGAUCAAGCUCAAGCAUCAUCAGCGGCAUCGUCAUCCUCAGCAUCACCAUCAGCUCCCCAAACGGCGAGGUCGUCGCCAACGCCACCUCCAGGACAAUUCCAUUUCAUCUGUGAAUGUUUCUUCCUCACUGCCAGGGUUCUCAACCUUGGCUUAUUAAAAGUCGUAAAUGUUAUGAAGGAGCUGUCAGAGUUCGCACAGACGGACGACCAGGAUCGCCGGCCGAUGAGAAUCUUUCUCAUCGGCCUGCAAUGCAGGCCGUCUGCUUGCACUAAUGGGAGAGAAUUGAAGUUGCAGGGAGGAGGUGAUUGCAGCACUAUGGCUGGUGGGAGCAGUGCAAGGGGUGCGAUUGCUGGACAAGGAAGUCGGAGGCAGUUGGAAAGAGGAGAGGGCAGCGGGAAGGACAUCGCCAGCUCAAGUACACCGUCGAGGGUGACUUCUAAAGACCUCACACCGGCAACUGACCCCUCGCUGUUCGUCCCACAGCCUGAAGAGAGACAAAAGAAGUUGCAGGCAGAGAAGGAGAUAUGGAAGCGCGUGGAACAAGGGCAGGAGGCUGUACCGAAGGGCCAGGGAGAGUAUUGGCUGAGGUGUCGGCUAUGCUCGACCAUUUGGAGGGGCACGAGCACACGUGCAGUUGAGCACUUCCUGAAGAUGCUCAAGUCGUGCCCUUUCCGAACAGGGGAGAUUGUGCAUAAGCUGGUGGCCCAAGGGGUGAAGGUGCUGCGAAGCGACAAGAAGACUCUCUACCUACUGCAGAACUACCGGCAGCUGCACAACAUCAAGGAGGGGGGGGCUGCAGCAAACGACGAUGGUGCGGACGCGGUUGUUCGUCGUGGUUACGAGGAGCCACAACCGCCGGUUGCUGCAGGGAGGGAGGCAGUCGAGGAGACGGCGCAGCGGGGAAAGGAAAGUGCAGCGGGGGAGACGCUGCGAGAAGAGUGUCAAUCCACCACAAGGGCGGCUCUGGUGCAGCAAACAACCAGCACGAGAUGGGUGGACAACGCAGCUCAAAAGAAGUUGGACAUUGCAUGGGCGAAGGCAAUGUUCCGGGCGGGAAUCACGCUCAAUUUUUUGAACUUGACACCACUCUCAAACUGCACGAGGUCAAGUGCAGCCUUUGACUGCAUGCUGGGAUGUCACGGGCUGCACUUUCGUCACGGACGGGCCGACCGAUCGGAGGGAGAGACCUGUCAUGAAUUUCUUGGCGGCGGGGGAGCAGGGAGCGGUGCUGGUGGCAACGGUGUCGAUGGAUGGAAAGAAGAAGACCGGACCAGCGCUGGCCAGACUUUGGGAGAAGAUAAUGAGGGAGUACGCAUCAAUGCAAUUUGCACCGACAAUGCGGAGGUGAACAAGAAGGCCGCGCAGAUUUUGGAGCGGCGCACGGACUUGGCGGUUUCGCGGAUACCUUGGGUUCCGUGUGCUGCGCAUUGCUGCAGCUUGCUGCUACGGGACAUCAGCAAGUUGGAUUGGAUCAAGGGCACGGUGAAUCGGAGCCACACCAUUGUCAAGUUUAUACGGAACCACCACUGCACACAUAGCCUAAUGAUGUCGUUGGACGACUCAUUAUCGCUGUUGCGACCGACCGAGGUCCGUUUUGGGUCGGUCUACAUGAUGAUGGAGCGGUUUGAGGGUUGGUGGCCCGAGUUGAAGAAGGUGGUGGAGGUGAUGGAGCCAUUGUAUGUAUUGCUUCGGAGGAUGGACAAGGACGGGACCGCCCCGUUAAACCUUGUGGAGUAUGACCGGCUAACGGAGAGGAUGUUGGGGGAGGUCAUGCUGACAGAGGAGCAGCGACGUACGGUGCUCGAGAAGGCCAUUGCCAUGAAAGUAAUGGGCAUGUGGAGCACGGCGACUCCGGCAGAGCGGAAUUGGUCUUCGAUGGACUUGGUCCACUCGAAGCGGCGGAAUCGGUUGAACCCCUCAACCUUGGAGAAGUUGGUGUAUAUUCACUGGAAUAUGCAGCUGCUGCACUCCGGGAAGAACUUGAAGGACGCCGGCUACAUCGACUUGUGGGCGCAGUUCUUCGAGUCUCUUCCGGAGCCUGAGGUGGAUGAUGGUUCUAUUUUGAAGGACCCCGUGGAGGAGAAGGACAAGACGGAGGACGAGCUGGUGCGGGAACGGGCCUUCAUCAAGACACCAAAGGGCCGGAUUCCGAAGAGCCUCGAAGACGAGGAGGAGGAGGAGGAGUGCACCGACGACAGCGACCUUGACGACGAGGUGUGGAAGGGGAAGACUCCAUGGUCGGAAACGUCUAGCGAAGGGGAAGUUGACGAGUCAUCGGACGAUGACUUUGAGUUGGGAAUUCCGACGUCAAUCCCGUGCACUACAUAUGUUGGGAGGAGGGAAGCAGCACAGCGCUGUCGAGAACGGCCGCCCACAACACCAUCUCAAUGCACGACGAACACUACAGCGCAUUACAACAUCCAAUUGGAUGUCGAGGUACCGCAGACCGACACCGACAUGGAGAUGGUGCUUCACCGCCGUCCAAUCGACACAAAUGAGGAGGAGGUCGACCGUGCAAAGGCAUGGGCUGAUGCGGAUCAAGAACGGGUGCAAAGGAGAAUGCGGGAGGAGGAGGAGCGACGCGCAGCUAUACCAACCCGCAGAGAAUUGGAGAAACUGAAGAAGAAGGUUGGAGAGCAAGAAUCGGAGCCAGUGGGGAAUAUGGGCCGGCUAGAGGAGGAAAAAGAAGAGGCGAUGGGCCAGUGAGAGGAGGAGGCAGAACACGAGAUUGGCCAGCCAUGGGAGGAAGAAGAAAAGAUGGAGGAGCAAGAGGAGGGAGAAGAAGAGGCUGGCAUGGAGCAACGAGAGGAGGAGAUGGAACAGGAGCAAGGGGAGGGCACGGACCAGCAAGAAGAGGAGCUGGAGGAGAGUGAGGAGGAGCAGCAGCAGGAAAAGACGGCGAACAUAGAGGAGGAGCAGCAGCAGCAUGCAGUGACGACCGUGUACAAGGGUCGGAAGCAAACUGUGGAGGCUGCUGGCUCACCGGAGAAUUCCCCCGACUUCCCAGCCAACAAAGCGGAAGCCCAACA